AUGUGUAACCCCAUCUUACAGGUGAGAGAGGGAGGAUAUGAUCACAAGAUGAAUGAAACCGUCAAUGUUGUCACCGCAAAAACGACAGAGAUUGGACAGAAGACAUGGGGGAUCAUGAAAGGGGUAAUGGCAUUGGCUUCACAGAAGGUUGAGGAGUACACAAAAGAGGGUGUCAGCUGGAAGAACGAUGGCUGGGAACGUAAUGAAAGCCAGGGUAAUGGUUACUACCAGGAGUUUGGACAGGAGUCAAAAGGAUGGAAUUCUACUGGCGGGCAGCCCUCAUCUGGUAGCCAUGUUAAUUCUGUCAGUUCAGGCUCUUGGGAUGAUUGGGAUAGUAAGGACAAUUCGAAGGAAGAAACAUCUAAGGGGAAAACAACCCAUAAUGGGGACAGCUGGGCAGGCUGGGAUGAUGGUAAAGAUGAUGGGUUCGAUAAUUUCUACCAGAGCGCACCUGAUAGCAAGGCAGUGGGUCACAAUGGGAAAUCAGAUGGUAAGUGGACUGAUGGAGGCUUUCUCUAA